GGUGUGCAUCAUUUGAUUUGUAACUACAACAACAACAAAGAUGGCGGCCCCCAUUUGUCGGUCACGGCUGUCAAAUAUUACAAUAUUUUCAAAAUUCAUUCGGAAUGGAAAUGAUUCAAAGCCCAUUCGUCAUUCUUUUAAUAAAACCUUUUGUAGGGCCUACAACCAGACCAGGAACACAGGAUUAUCUUGGCGAAAUAUACGAAUUGGUGCCAGCAUUGGUCUACUUUCAUCUGUUUUUGCGGGUAAAAUGAUGAAAGAUGCACUGGCAACCACAGAGCUACGACCUGCUUCAAGAACAGAAAAAGGUAUCAUAGAUAUUGGGGAUCAGAAUAUCACCUUGUACCAGUUCCAAUCCUGCCCCUACUGCUGUAAGGUGCGUGCUACACUGGACUUCUUCGGGUUUCCCUACAGCGUGGUGGAGGUGAACUCUAUCACCAAGUCCCAGCUGAACUUCUCAGACUACAAGAAAGUACCGGUCCUGGUUGUCGAUGGAAAGCAAGGAGACACAGAUUUUAGCCUGCAAUUUUGUGACUCUUCCCUGAUCAUGAGUGCCCUUGCCAGUUAUGUUUUUGAUCAAAAUACCCCACUGAACAAGCUACAGGCGUGUUACCCUGGAAUUAAAGAACAGAAAGGUCGUAAAACGGUGUGGGAGUUUCCCAAUAAGUAUUUCAUCAUGUAUGGAGACAAUAUAGCUGACAACAGAUCGGAAAAAGAAAGGAGUGAGGAAAGAAAGUGGAGGAAAUGGGUGGAUGAAGUCCUCAUGCAUACAAUAUCUCCAAAUGUGUAUCGGACACCACGAGAAUCUCUUGAGGCCUUCCAUCAUUUCUCGGACUGGGGUGAGUGGGAAAAGAACUUCUCCACGCCUACAAGACUCUUUGUGGUGUACGCAGGGGCUGUUGCCAUGUACUUCAUUGGUCGAAUUGUGAAGAAGAGACAUAAUAUCAAAGACAAUUCGCGUGAAUCCCUGUAUGAAGCCUGCGAUACCUGGAUGGAGGCGGUGGGGAGUGGGCUGUUCUUUCAUGGGGACAAACCAGGCCUUGUUGAUCUGUCAGUGUAUGGAGCCCUGCACUCUUUUCAAGGCUGUCAGGCCUUCAAGGACCUCAUGCAGUGCCACAAGGUCAAGGACUGGUAUGAGCGCACUGAGGAGCAGAUAGACACCCACCAGGGGGCCAUGUUGCUAGGCAAAAAGCCUGCCCACCAUCCAUAGUGCCUUGUUGGUAGGCUGCAAGCCUGUGCACCAUCCACUGGGCGUAUGGAAGUCUUGAACAACUCUUGGUUGGAUUUGGUGCAAGAUUGGUGUUCUUUAGCCAGUAUUUGGGGAACUAUUUUUUUUGAAAGAAUAACAAAAAAAUGAAUAAGUAAUCACUACUUUGAGAUUAAUUCACUGAUCAUCAACUGGGCCUUGAUCUGGGAAAAUGGGGCUUAAGGCAUGUGCCCAUGCUUAUCAGGAACAACACUUUCGGCCUAGACUGGAUUUUAUUAUAGAAGAGACUUAAGUGAAAGGACUAAUGGCAUAAAAGUAAAGUUGUGUCCAUGAUAAACCUGUGCAGAUCGCACAGGCUAAUCUUGAGACGAUUCUUCACGCACAUGAAUAAAGCCCAGUUUGCUCAUGUCUGCUAGUUGAGUAAGAACAGCCCUUUUUGUAACCUUUUAGUUGAAUUAAGUACCUUGCUGCUUUUGGUAAUUUGUGAUAGCAUUGUAACAAAAAGUAGUAAAGAUCAAAUAAAAAUAUUGUUUUGCUCUCCCCCUCCCCCUGGAAAUGUUUAUUUCGUUUAGAAAAUAUUGAAUAUCUACAUGAAAUUAUAGGUAAUUGCUCAAUUUUCUUGAAUAUUUGCCAAACAGGAUUUUAUAUCUUGUUAAAGUUGCUUAUGAGACACUUUCCUCGCUAAGGGAUGAGCAAUAGAAAGAAUAGCUUUGUUUUGUGUUUGGAGCAGAUAUUCUUACCCUGCUGUAGAUAGAAAUCAGAGAAAUUCCUUUAAAAAUAAUCAUGUGUAAGUCAGUGUGUGUAUAUAUUUAUGAAAUCCAAUAAUGAAUUAGUGUGACGUAAUAUCAGGUAAUUAAAUUAAUUUUGUAAUCUUUUACUGGAGUUUACAACUUGAUAUGGUAAAACAUUUACUAAAAAAUGCCAUAACAUAUAUAACUUGCAAUAGUGCCAAAAUAAUUUAAAUACCUGUUGAUUUAGUUGUUACUUUGAAAAAUAUUUGUGUCAAUCUCUUAAACAGACAUUGAAGAAUUGUUAUGCCCCCGAAGGUGGGCAUAAAUUGAUCACAUUUCUGUCCGUCUGUCUGAAAAUCCAUCACACUUUGUGGUUAGGUUUCGAAAAAUGCUAAUUACUUGUAUGUCGCUUCAGAUGUAACCAUCAUAUUUGGUAUGCAUGUGUAUAUGGACACGGCCUUCCAUAUGCACACAAAUUUUGACCCCUUUGACCUUGAACUUAGCGUUUAGGUUUCGAAAUCUGCGUUUAGGUUUUGAAAAAAGCGAUUUUCCGGGGCAUAUGUCACCCUAUGGUGACAGCUCUUGUUUUAUUAUUCUCUUGAUUAACAAAAUAAACUGUUUUCAAAUCUUUGUAUUCCCCACCAAAGGCGGAGGCAUAUAGCAUUGGCGUUGUCCGUUCGUCUGUCACAAACGUUUUAGGACUAUAUCUCAGAACUAUAUAAUAUAUAAACAUGAAACUUCAUAGGUCUAUAGAUAUCAAUCAGGAGAAGUACCAUGCUCAAGAACCAUAAACCUACAAUAUACAUUUUUCUUAAAUAAAAGUAAUUGUUUGUUUUUUUUAAUGCUGUAACUGUUGAGCGCUAUAUCUCAUAUAUCAUACUAGAUUUCAACAUGAAACUUCAUGGGUUUAUUGAUAUCAAUGAGGAGAAAUGCCAUGCUUAAAGGGAUCUUUUUACGUUUUGUUAAAUUGACAAAAUUGAAAAAAUUGUUUCAGCUUUGCAAAUUUUCGUUUUAGUUAUGAUAUUUGUGAGGAAACAGUAUUACUGAACAUUUACCAUGGUCUAAUAUAGCCAUUAUAUGCAUCUUUUGACGAUUUUAAAACCUAAAAAUUAUAAAGCGUUGCAACGCUAAACGAUUGAAUAAUUUGGAGAGUUCUGUUGUUGUCGUUUAAUUUUGUGACACUACAAAGAUUGCUUUUAUAAGGUAUAAAAUUCGUCUCCUAUGUAUACUCGGCAGAAUAGCCGAGAAGGUAAAAGCGUUUUUACUUCAGGACCUCGGCAGGACUCCAGGGGUCACUGGUUCGAAACCUGCUCCAGGCAAGGUUUUUUUCCUUUUUUUAAUUUCAUUCUUUAUUUUUUACUGCAGCUUUUACGAUCAAAUGUUUACAUUUAUCAAUAGAAAGCAUUUAAUUAAUAACUUCAGAACAUGCCAAAAUCUAUGAAAAGGCCCCUUUAAGAUACAUCACCCUUUUUUAAAGAUUUAUUGCCCUUUGCUUUUUGUAUUAUGUUACUUUUCAGGGCUAUACCUCAGAUACCAUACAAGAUUUCAACGUUCAAUGCAUAAAAUUACCCUACACCUUUUAACGGCAGGGAGGCAUAUAGCAGUUGAAAUGUCCGUCUGUCUCUCCGUCAGUCAGUCUGUCCGUCUGAAAACCUUUACAUUGCCCAUUAUUUUUUAAAUAUUGAAGAUAGCAAUUUGAUAUUUGGCAUGCAUGUGUAUCUCAUGGAGCUGCACAUUUUCAGUGGUGAAAGGUCAAGGUCAUCCUUCAAGGCCAAAUAUAUGGCUUUAAAGUGGGGCUGUAGGGGGCAUUGUGUUUCUUACAAACACAUCUCUUGUUUUUUAUUAUACCGUAUAUCAAGGGACGUGCACCCAUCGAUAAACAAAAUGUGUUUGGCGGGGAAUAUUAAUUCAACAAAGUUGCUUGUUAUCCCCCAACAAAGGUGGAGGGAUAUAGAAUUGGCAUUGUCAGUCCAUCUGUCUCUCACAAACUUUUGAUGGCUUUAUCUCAGAAACUCUCUCUCUAUAUAUAUAUACAUGUAUAUCAAUGAGAAGAAAUUGCGGGGGAUAUCAAUUGAAUUGAACGAAUUUACAUGUUUAUAUUGCAUUCUCUGGGUAUAAGUAGUAAAGGUAAAUACAAAGUUUGUACAUUAUUCAGUGAUUUUGAAGUAUGAAGCUUGUUUUAAUUAAAUUAUUUUGAAUUGAUGUGAAUAAAAGUUAAAAAUGUG